AUGUAUGUUAUCGCCGCCACUACAUUCACAGUCUUUCUUUCCGGUACUUUCUACCCCAGUCUGUCCAUAUCUAUCUAUCUAUCUAUCAAUCUAUCUAUCUAUCUAAUAAUAAUAAUAAUAAAGGAAGCCAAUAAUGAAUUCUAUCUAUCUAUCUAUCUAUCUAUCUAUCUAUCUAUCUAUCUAUCUAAUAAUAAUAAUAACACUGGUCUUUACUAUUUCUCACCCGUUUCUUUCUUUCUUUCUUUCUUUCUUUCUUUCUUUCUUUCUUUCUUUCUUUCCCCUAAUUAUUUUUCUUUCUUUCUUUCUCUCUUUCUAUUGUAUCAACCCUCUUCUUCUUCUUCUUCUUCUUCUUCUUCUUCUUCUUCUUCUUCUUCUCCCCUUUUUUCUUCUUGCUUUUCUUCUACUACAAACAUUUCUAUUGUUUUCCCGCCAUUUCCUGCUACCUUGUAUUUUUCUUUACUUCUUUCUCUCUUUCUAUUGUAUCAACCUUCUUCUUCUUCUUUUUCUUCUUCUUCUUCAUGCUUUUCUUCUACUACAAACAUUUCUAUUGUUUUCCAGCCAUUUCCUGCUAUCUUGUCCUAUAUUUUUUACAACUCUUCCUUAAAUACACACGAGAUUCUCUCUAUCUCCUUACCCCUUCCUCUGCUUAAUCUCUCACUUUCCUUCCUCCACUCUCUCCUGCUCAUUCUCUCUCUCACUCUCUCUCUCCCCCCUCUCUCUCUCGGAUUAUACAGUGAACAUUACGAGGUCAUCAUAUGCGGAUCAUGCAGUGAACAUUACGAGGAUAGCAUGUGCGGAUUAUACAGUGAAUAUUCGUCCUAUAGCACAUAUUUAUGUAAACCAAUUCCUUUCUAUCUAUCUAUCUAUCUCAGUCUCUGUUCAUAUCUAUCUAUCUAUCUAUCUAUCUAUCUCAGCCUCGGUUCAUAUCUAUCUAUCUAUCUAUCUAUCUAUCUAUCUCAGCCUCUGCUCAUAUCUAUCUAUCUAUCUAUCUAUCUAUCUCAGCCUCUGCUCAUAUCUAUCUAUCUAUCUAUCUAUCUAUCUAUCUAUCUAUCUAUCUAUCUAUCUCAGCCUCUAUAUAACAUAAUAAAUUCAUUCUCUUUUCUCCUUCUUCUCUUUUCAUUCUUUUUCCACCGUUAUUCCCUUUCUCACGCCGCUCCUCUCUCUUUUUCUUUUUCCUUUUCUUUUCCUUCUCUUUUCCCACUUGUCUUCUUUUAUACUCUCUCCAUUCAUUCUGUCAUGUCCUCUCCUUUUCUCUGCAUCAUUCUCAGUCAUUCUCUUUAUUUCUCUUCUCUUUCAAUCUCUUUGCUGUUUUAUAUUUUCCCUUCUCUCUUUCACUUUUACUUUUACUCUUCCCUCUAUUUCCCACCUUGUCUCUUUUCUUUUCCUUCUUUAUGUUUCAUAUCCCUUCUUUCUUUCUUUCUUUCUUUCUUUCUUUCUUUCUUUCUUUCACAGGGUAAGUCACAUUAUCUAUCUAUCUAUCUAUCUAUCUAUCUAUCUAUCUAUCUAUCUAUCUGUUUCAUUCUCUUCAUAUCUAUCUAUCUAUCUAUCUAUCUAUCUAUCUAUCUAUCUAUCUAUUCCAUUCUCUUCAUAUCUAUCUAUCUAUCUAUCUAUCUAUCUAUCUAUCUAUCUAUCUAUUCCAUUCUCUUCAUAUCUAUCUAUCUAUCUAUCUAUCUAUCUAUCAUAUUCUAUCUAUCUAUCUAUCUAUCUAUCUCAUUCUAUUCAUAUCUAUCUAUCUAUCUAUCUAUCUAUGUAAACCAGCUCAUAUCUAAUAUACAUAUUUAUGUACGCAUAGUUAACAUCUAUCUAUCUAUCUAUCUAUCUAUCUAUCUAUCUAUCUAUGUGACAGUUAAUAUGGAACAACUCAAUUUUCUUUCUUUCUUUUUUCUUCUUUCUUUCUUUCUUUUUUCUUUUUCUUUCUUUUUUCUUUUUCUUUCUUUCUUUUUUCAUUUUCUUUCUUUCUUUUAUGUUUCUUUCUUUCUUUUUUCUUUUUCUUUCUUUUUUCAUUAUCUUUCUUUCUUUCUUUAUUUCUUUCUUUAUUUAUUUAUUUAUUGCAAUAGUCAUUUCAUGUCUUAA